CGCCCGGCGAGGGGAAUCAGGCUACUACCGCCCACAGCAGUAUUACCCUCACAACCGGCCGCUUUAUAUCAACAUCCGCUGCCAGCCAACCAGCCUAUCACAGCUCGUUUUGCAUAGUGAGUCCUAGAGAAACGACCCAGAGCUGCCAUGUUAUUGGCUACCAGGCUGUAAAACAGCGGAGGAGGGGAAGUGUUGUUGGUACAUUGUCGCUGAGUUCCGGCGCACGCUGCGUCCUCUCGGCAGUCAUAGUAACAAGGUGUGUGCAUCGCCCGGUGACGCUCCCCAGCCAUGGACGCCGAGCAGACAUCAGAGGGGGGACAGAGCCAGGUGUCGGAUAAUCCUCACUCAGAAUAUGGUCUGACAGAGAAUGUUGAGAGAAUAGUUGAAAAUGAAAAAGCAAGCACGGAAAAAGUAUCCAAGCAGAAGGUGGAUUUACAGGCCCUGCCAACACGAGCAUAUCUCGAUCAAACUGUUGUUCCAAUACUUCUACAAGGACUUUCUGUUCUGGCAAAAGAAAGACCUCCAAACCCAAUAGAAUUCCUAGCUGCUUACUUGCUAAAGAACAAGACUCAGUUUGAAGACCGAAGCUAAUGGACAAUAUUUGGAUUGAUAUGAUACAUUUGACAAGAAUGACCAUACUUUGUGAAACGACUGAAUGUGCUAUAUCACAUUCAAGCUGGUUCAAAACAGACUUCCAUUCUAAUUAAGUGUUGUUUAUUUAACACUUCUGUUCCUUACUGUCUAAUAGAUCUUGAUUGUAUGAAGUGACCUUAGAAAAAUAAAACCUUUUUAAAACGGAA